GAGAUGGCGGUGAAUCGACGAAAAAUCAACCCGUAGCCUCGACACACCACCUGGACUACAGUUUGCUGUAUUUUGGUUAAAGAGACUGGCUUAAAAUACGAGGAGAUAUAUGCCAUAAUUGGGGUUUAAUCUAUAAUCUUCGUCUCACAUAAACGCGCUGGUGCAAGGCGAAUAACAACUGAAUUUGGGACGGAGGUCAAGAUGAUUAUUUAUUUUUGCAUUUUUUCCAACAGUGGCCACAUCUCUAAUCGACCGUUAACCUUUGCACACAAAUAUAACCUAUAACCUGCCAUCAUCGAUACACGAUUACGAUAGGAUUUGCAGAUUCUGUAGGAAUCAAUGAAAAUCAUUUCUAUAAUUUUCUAUUCGCACAGGGUCUGAUUUAGUUGUCAUUUUUUCUGAAGCUAAUUAAAGUGCAAUAACAUUAUUGGAUAUAAAGAAGAAGAACAGCCACAGAAUAACUUUUGAGAUCUAUGGAUUGGAGGUCGUUGCUGGGCUUUAACUUUCCACUUUCAGUAAAGAUCAAGAAAGCCUCAGUCAGGUGACUUUAACCACUCAGACUACUUCCUUAAACUAUGGACCAAGACAUGGUAUCUAUUUUCUCAUUACCAUUCUCCCUAUAGCUUCACUAUGAGAACGGUAUGUCUCGGAAAACCGUGGACUAUAACAAAGGGAACUGAAUCUUGGAAGUUUUCUUUAUACGAACCAAUGGCCUGAACGCUUUCAAACGACAAUGCGCAUCCACCAUGUCCGACGACAAACACUCUUCCACGGACGGCUUUCUUACCCAGGACUACGAGGAAUGGAUGUCCCGUUUACCAGAGGAGCUGUGGGACAUCCCAUUAUCCAACCUAGCCAUACCGGGCAGCCACGACGCGAUGAGCUACUGUCUGGAUAUGAAGUCCCCCAUGGUCCAGUCACAGCCCGUCCUCAUCAGACUCCUAGACCGGCUGUUCAGGUGCUUCUCGCGGCCCGUGAUCCUCAGGUGGGCCACCACGCAGCAUAAAAGCAUCGGGGACCAACUUCAUAUGGGGAUCCGAUACUUCGACCUCCGCAUCGCACGGAAACCUCACGACUCCUCCAACUACCUUUUCUUCACUCACGUCAUUUACUCACACCUAUCUGUUUUGGAGACGCUGGCGUCUGUGGCCACAUGGUUGGAGUCCCAUCCCAGGGAAGUGGUGAUCCUGUCUUGCAGCCAUUUUGAGGGAAUGAGCGCCAAAGUUCAUGAGUCCUUCAUUCUGUCCCUCAGGAAAUUGUUUGGCUCCAAACUCUGUCCCAGGAUGGAAGCAGUGCCAACCUUGAGGAGUCUGUGGUCCAAUCGUUGGCAGGUACUGCUGUCCUACGAGGACCAAUCAGCAGCCAGAUAUCCCGAGCUCUGGCCAGCCAUCCCCUACUGGUGGGCCAAUCAGCCGACGGCUCAGGGCGUCAUCAACUACCUUGACAGGCGGAAAGCCAUGGGGCGCCCAGACGGCUUGUUUGUGUCGGGGCUAAACCUGACGGCAAACAUGUGCUUCAUGGUCCUGGAGUGGGACCAGUCCCUGUGGACGCUGUCCCAGGAGAACUGGGAUCAGCUGAGCGUCUGGCUUCAGAAGCAGACCCCCGGCUAUUCCCACCAGAGCCUCAACAUCAUCGCAGGGGACUUUGUUGGGCCCAUCCCCUUCUGUCCCCUGGUGAUCGCUCUGAACCAGAGAUUUCUCCUGCACACCAAGUAGAUGGUGCCAUCUUAUUCUCUCGUAAACUCUACCCUAAAACUGCCAUUAAACCCUAUCCUUAAACGAUACGGUUUAACCAUAGCCUUAAACCCUUUCUGUUAAAGCCUGUCGUCAAAGAACAAAUGCUUUGUCUACCGUAUUUCAACCACUUCAAAAACCCUUCCCUUAAAGGCACCCAGUGCAACUUUCAAGGCUUAAAAAUAAACAUUCAAUUUCUAGUCUUUUUUACACAUAGUAAGUUUCAAUAACUCCAUACCAUUACAUACCGACAUUCAAGCAGCAAAGAUGAGACGUCGUUGUGUGGUGAGAACUGAUAGAAAAUCGAAAACAACAACAAUGCCGCCAUUUUCUUUAUUUUUUGUAACCUACAAUAAAUAAAGCAGGCUUCCAGUCAAUGGAAAAAUGGCUUCUCCCCACCGGCGAUUGUUGUUGUUUACGAUUUUCUAUCAGUUCUCACCACACAACGACGUCUCAUCUUUGCUCCUUGAAUGUCGAUAUGUAAUGGUAUGGAGUUAUUGAAACUUACUACGUGUAAAAAAGACUAGAAAUUGAAUGUUUAUUUUUCAUUGAAUGUUUACAUAAAGUUGCACUGGGUGCCUUUAAACCCUGUCAUUAAUGAACAAAGGUUUGGUCUACAGUGUUUAAUGGGUAAAAUAUAUGACGAUUGAAAUGAGGAUGGUUAUCAUGAAAGAAGUUAAUCAUGAUAUAAUUGUCUCCAUAUAAUAGAGAUAGUACUACUCUCCUGAUGGCCUAAGAAUUUGGUAAUUUUAAAGUUUUUAACACUAGAUGUAUUUUAUUCAGUUUAUCAACCACUUGUAACAUGUAAUUUAAAAGUUCAUAUAACAUGAAAGAUGUGUAUAAAUGAUAGUUGAAUAAACUGUAUUCAUGUGCCAGCAUUAAAUAAAUGACUAUAAACAAUAA